CCCUCACGCAACAACCUUUUUUCUCAAGGCAUCCAAAAUCAUCUUGGGCAGGAUAGUCUGCGGUCCAAACGACAGCCAUGGCAAUCGAUCGAAAAUCAAAUCUCCCAUCCAGCAAUAGCGGAGAUGCUUUAAUUCAGAUAGAGGCGCCUCCGAGGACUGCAGGCACCCAGACCACCUUGUCGAGCCCAUCCGAAGAGAAUCAAGACGAGCCAUGCCGAACGUGGAUAGAGUCAUUUAUCACAACCAUCCUCGUCGUUCUGAUGUGGAUUCUCGCACCGCCGAUACUGAGCUACCAUGAAGAAGAUAAGGGUGAUGACGACCCGGCAAAUAGGUUUCUGCGUCGGUAUUACGGCCGGUUUUUAUUCCCUUCGACGCCACGCAUGGUAUUGGUGAUGAUCACUUUCUUUACACUUGCUGCGGUAACUCUUCACCGGUUACAACCGCACUGGAUGCUUUUUAAUGGGUGUUUCACCGUGAUCACGGUUCGUUUAGUAUCUGAUGGACUGUCCAGCUUUAUUCAGAAUGUCGCACUUUCGUCGAUGGUUAUGGCACUUCUUUGUCACUUGUCUUAUGGAAUUAAGUGGUUGUUUCAACAAGGUAGACAAUGUAUAACUUAUACAAGGUCCGAUGAAGAGCAGCCAUUAGUUGUAUCACAUGGGUUAUUAUAAGGUUUAUUUUAUUGGGUUUGUUUUGUUUUAAGUUAAAGAAGUAUAUUUAUUUCUAAAGUAUAUUAUUAUACUUUACUAGCUAAAUAUAACUU